GCGAGAGCGGUUGACCAGGUCGGUGUGUCGGAGGGGCGAGGGAGAUAAACGUCGCGGGAGGCAGAUCAGUGAAGCAUCCUUCCAUACUGAAGAUAACGAAAUCAUAAUUGCCUCCAGUUCCAUGAUGCAAACGAAAUAUAGCAAGGGGAGUUCCUCCAAACGAGACUCUGUAGCACUUACCGCCGUGGCAUUACAAGAUCACAUUUUACAUAAUCUUCAGCUGCAGAAUCUUUCAUUAGCAGAUCCUUUUAAGUCAAAGACACAGAGUAAAAAGAAUUCAUACAAACCUGUGAAGAAGGAGACAGUCAGAGCAGUGGUUGACACUGGACUAAAGAAAACAAGCAGGCACCAACAAAAAAACGAAGAUCCAGAAAAGGAGUAUGUUCUUGAUCCUUGUCCUCAGCCUCUCACGUUAGCUCAGCAACUUGGGUUGGUGGAACCUCCUGCCUUGCCUCUAACCACUGAGGAAUGGGAACAUGUGAAACAACGAUCCAUAAAACAAGGAGAUUCAGUUCAACCUUGUGCCAUAUGCAGAGAAGAAUUUGCACUUCAGCCACAGGUGCUGCUGUCAUGUUCUCAUGUGUUUCACAAAGCAUGCCUGAAAGCUUUUGAAAGAUUUGCAGGUAAAAAGACCUGUCCAAUGUGUAGAAAGAUCCAGUAUCAGACCCGAGUAAUUCAUGAUGGAGCACGCCUAUUUAAAAUAAAGUGUGCUACAAGAAUUCAAGCUUUUUGGCGGGGGCAUAUUGUUAGGAAAUGGUAUAAAAACCUAAGAAAAACAGUGCCUCCAAAAGAUGCCAAAUUAAGAAAAAAAUUCUUUGAAGAAAAGUUUUCAGAGAUCUGCCAACGAUUAUUGAAUUCAUAUGAUACCCGCAUAGAUGAACUCUUCUCCGAGAUUGAUUCUAAUGUAGCUGAAAGUCAAAACGUGUUUCAGCAGCUAGACAAGAAGUUGGGCCCAGGCAUAGAUGAAGUUGAAUGGGAAAAGAUACAGAUGCAGGCACUCCGACAAGACAUAGUUGACUGCCCAAUUUGCAUUAUGCCUCUCAUCUACCCCCCUCACCUGCAGGAUGGAAUUCCCCAAGCCAGCUACCCAUCAUGCUCCAGCAAGACCGUUCUGCUCUCCUGUUCACACAUGUUUCAUAGUACCUGUGUUCAAGCAUUUGAAGACUUCUCCUUGGGAGAAAGACCCAUAUGUCCUUUAUGCCGUUCCCAUUAUCAGAAGAAAAUACUUAACUAA